CUCUCAGUCGCUCGGAAUUUUCGGCUACGGCGGAGAAUCUCCGGAAAGAGGUCGAGGCGAUAGAAAACGGGUCCGGGAAUCAGGAGGAGAAGCCGAAGCAAGGACUCCGGGGCUCGGACUCCUCCACACAGCGAGCUGCUUCCCCCGGGGCUUCAUCAUGGAGGCUGAACUAUGACGUGUUGUGUAGCUGCGGACGACUGAGUGAACCAUGGCGCAGUUCCCCACCUCAUUCACAGGUCCUGAUGUGUUUCUGAUCUCAGUGGAUGAAAGAGCCAAAUAUGAUCAGCAGUUUCACAGCCUCGCUCCGACCGCAGGGGGUUACAUCACAGGUGACCAGGCCAGGAACUUCUUCCUCCAGUCAGGGCUACCCCCUCCCGUCCUGGCCCAGAUCUGGGCUCUGGCCGACAUGAACAGUGAUGGCCGAAUGGAUAUCUACGAGUUCUCUAUCGCCAUGAAACUCAUCAAGCUGAAACUCCAGGGUCACCCGCUGCCCCCUUCGCUUCCUCCCAGUAUGAAACAACCCCCCCUGCCUUUACCCCCACAGAGCGGCUUUGGCAUGCCCCCCAUGGCUACCAUCCCAGCUCCUCUUUCAGCCGUGCCCCCUCUACCCCUACCCCCUCUGCCGGUCGGGCUGUCUCCCCCACUGGUCUCAUCUGCCCCGCCUCCCCUCCCCCAGCCCAUUGCCAAUGGAGCUCCUCCCACAGGCAUGAUCCCGCCCAUCUCAGGCUUCCCCCACCCAGCUCAACCUGUCAACAAGUCGUCUUCAUUCAAUCGUUCCAGUGCUAAGCUGCAGAAGGUAGCAUCAUUUGAUGCUGCUAGUCUGCCCCCCUGUGAUUGGGCCGUUCCUCAGUCCUCAAGGCUGAAGUACAGACAGCUUUUUAAUUCACACGACAAGAUGAUGAGUGGACACCUCACAGGUCCACAGGCUCGCACUAUCCUGAUGCAGUCCAGUCUUCCUCAGGGCCAGUUGGCCACAAUAUGGAGUCUGUCAGACAUCGACCAGGAUGGGAAACUGACGGCUGAGGAGUUCAUCUUGGCCAUGCACCUCAUAGAUAUGGCCAUGUCAGGGUUACCGCUGCCCCCUGUGUUACCACCAGACUACCUCCCACCCACAUUCAGGCGUGUGCGGAGCGACAGUGUUCAGUCGGAGCAGAAGUUCGUUCCGGAGGAAUUGGAGGAGGAGCUCGAGAGCACCCAAGAUAAGAAACUACCAGUGACAUUUGAGGAUAAGAAGAGGGAAAACUUUGAGCGAGGAAACCUGGAGUUGGAGAAGAGACGUCAGGCUCUGCAGGAGCUACAGAGGAAAGAGCAGGAGCGACUGGCUACUAUAGAGAGAGAGGAGCAGGACAGGAAGGAGCGUGAACGUCUCGAGCAGGAGAGGAGACGACAACAUGAACUGGAAAAGCAGCUGGAGAAACAGAGAGACUUGGAGAGGCAGAGAGAGGAUGAGAGACGCAAGGAGAUCGAGAGAAGAGAGGCUGCUAAACGUGAAUUAGAGCGCCAGCGUCAGUUGGAGUGGGAGCGUCAACGACGGCAGGAGCUUCUGACUCAAAGGAACCGAGAGCAGGAGAGUAUCGUGCUGCUCAAAGCCAGGAAGAAGACCCUGGAGUUUGAACUGGAGGCUCUGAAUGAUAAGAAGUCCCAGCUAGAGGGCAAACUGAAGGAUGUUCGGUUUCGUCUGUCAGCUCAGCGAAGAGAGGUGGAGCAGACCAAUCAGACGAGAGAAACACGCAUCGCUGAAAUCACCCUGUUACAACAGCAGCUGCAGGACUCACAGCAGUGGCUUGGGAGGCUAAUUCCUGAUAAACAGUGUCUCAACGACCAGUUGACACAGGUUCAACAGAACAGCUUGCACCGGGACAGUCUGUCAUCCCUGCAGAAGGCUGUGGAGCAGAAGGAAACCAGCAGAGAGCAGCUACGAGAGCAGCUGGAUGCUGUGGAGAGAGAGACGAGGGCCAAACUGCUGGAAAUAGACGCGUUCAACACUCAGCUGAAGGAGCUGCGGGAGAUCCACAGCCGGCAGCAGCGACAUAGACAGAGAGAGCUGGAGGGAGACACACACUCACUGACACACACACACUCUCUCAUACACACUCCGAUCGAGAGGCAGUCUGCGGAGCUGCACGAGAGCAGGUUGUCUUCAGACGAAGGUGUGAGCUGGAGGGAUGAUGAAGCAGGAAUGUCUGCCCCUGAUCCUCCGAGCCCAACCUCCAUCUCUGCACCUGACGCCUGGCUGAACAGAGUGACCCUGGAAGAGGAGGAGAGGAAGAGAAGAGGGAUGGAGGAGGAAGAAGAGGGCCGGAAUAGUGCAGGUUCGGUAGAGGAGUUGGAGGACGAGGGAAGAAGCAAGAAGGACAUGCAAGAUAAAUUAAGCAAGCUGUUCGGCCAGCCGGCUGAUCCCUGGGGUUCAUCAGUGGACAAGUCUCCAGUACCCAGUCUCUUUGACCAGAACACAGUUGCCAGCGGCUUCGACCAGCACCAGCCGCCGCAGCAUCACCAGCAUCCCCAGCAGCAGCCGCCGGUGAAGGUGGUGUACUACAGGGCUCUGUACCCAUUUGAUGCUCGCAGCCAUGAUGAGAUCAGUAUCGCUCCUGGAGACGUCAUCAUGGUGGACGAGUCUCAAACAGGUGAACCCGGCUGGCUGGGUGGAGAGCUCAGGGGCAGGACGGGCUGGUUUCCAGCCAAUUACGCAGAGCGGAUUCCAGAUAGCGAAGCACCGAUCAACCUCCGCGCCACAGCCUCAGUCACACCCACGUCUGCCCAGCAGCCAAUGACAACGCCUCCUCCAGCACCUGGACACGCCCCCUCAUCAGCAUCCUCUGCCAACAGUAACUGGGCCGACUUCAACACAACUUGGCCCACUAAUACAGCCAGCCAAUCAGACAGCGAGGGAUGGGACGCAUGGCCGACCUCUUCAACCAGUCAGAAUCCAUCACUCAGCGUUCCCUCAGCGCAACUACGGCAACGCUCUGCCUUCACACCGGCUACCAUGACGACCGGCUCCUCCCCCUCACCGGUACUGGGACAGGGGGAGAAGGUCGAGGGUCUUCAGGCUCAAGCUUUAUAUCCCUGGAGAGCGAAGAAGGACAACCACCUCAACUUCAACAAAAAUGAGAUAAUAACAGUGUUGGAGCAGCAGGACAUGUGGUGGUUGGGUGAACUGCAGACUGGACAGAGAGGCUGGUUCCCCAAAAGCUACGUGAAGCUCAUCUCCGCCAACACGGCGCCUCCUGUUGUUAUCGCAGCGCGCAGCAAAAACACCAGUGAGUCCGGUGUAUCAGAGAGUCCACCCAAUGGGAAGCGACCCUCCCCAUCCCCAACAAAACCCUCAGACUCUGGUGAAGAGUAUUUGGCCAUGUACACGUACGAGAGCAGUGAACAAGGUGACCUGAGUUUCCAGCAGGGAGACGUUGUCAUGGUGACCAGGAAAGAAGGAGAUUGGUGGACAGGCGUAGUCGGCGGCAAAGCUGGAGUCUUCCCAUCCAAUUACGUUAAACCUCGAGACUCUGCAUCAGAUUCUUUGGGACCAGCAGGGAAGACGGGCAGCUUGGGAAAGAAACCAGAGAUUGCUCAGGUGAUCGCCCCCUACAGUGCUACAGGGGCAGAGCAGCUCACGUUGGCUCCUGGGCAACUCAUCCUCAUCAGGAAAAAGAACCCAGGGGGCUGGUGGGAGGGUGAGCUCCAGGCUCGAGGGAAAAAGCGCCAAAUAGGUUGGUUUCCGGCCAAUUACGUGAAGCUGCUCAGUCCCAGUACAAGUAAGACGACGCCCACAGAGCCGACGCCUCCUAAACUGGCUCCUGCCAACACAGCUGUGUGUCAGGUGAUCGGCAUGUACGACUACCUGGCGCAGAACGACGACGAGUUGGCCUUCCUGAAGGGUCAGGUGAUCACAGUGCUCAACAAGGACGACUGUGAUUGGUGGAAAGGAGAGCUCAACGGGAGGGAAGGUCUGUUUCCCAGCAACUACGUCAAACUCACCACGGAUACCGACCCGAGCACGCAGUGGUGCGCUGACCUCCACCUGCUGGACAUGCUGAGUCCCACGGAGAGGAAGCGACAGGGCUACAUCCACGAGCUGAUCGUCACUGAGGAGAACUACGCCAACGACCUGCAGCUCGUCACAGAGAUUUUCCACAAACCUCUGCUGGACUGCGAGCUGCUGACGGAGAAGGAAGUCGCCAUGAUCUUCGUCAACUGGAAGGAGCUCAUCAUGUGCAACAUCAAACUGCUCAAAGCUCUGAGAGUGAGGAAGAAGAUGUCAGGAGAUCGGAUGCCGGUGAAGAUGAUCGGUGACAUCCUGACCAAUCAGCUGCCUCACAUGCAGCCCUACAUCAGGUUCUGCUCGUGUCAGCUGAACGGAGCGACGCUGAUUCAGCAGAAAACAGACGACAGCCCUGAGAUCAAAGAUUUCCUCAAGAGGUUAGCCAUGGACCCCAGGUGCAAGGGGAUGCCUCUGUCCAGUUUCCUGCUCAAACCCAUGCAGAGAGUCACACGCUACCCGCUCAUCAUCAAGAAUACGUUAGAAAACACUCCGGAGUCUCAUCCCGACCACAGUCACCUGAAAGCUGCUCUGGAGAAAGCAGAGGAGCUGUGUUCACAGGUGAACGAGGGCGUCAGAGAGAAAGAAAACUCAGAUCGUCUGGAGUGGAUUCAGGCUCACGUUCAGUGUGAAGGCCUGUCGGAGCAACUGGUGUUUAACUCGGUCACAAACUGUUUGGGUCCCAGGAAGUUUCUCCACAGCGGGAAACUGUUCAAAGCCAAGAGCAGCAAAGAGCUGUACGGCUUCUUGUUCAACGACUUCCUGCUGCUGACUCAGGUCACCAAGCCUCUGGGCUGGUCCGGCUCGGACAAAGUUUUCUCAUCAAAAACCCACCUUCAGUACCGCAUGUACAAGACGCCGAUCUUCCUGAACGAGGUGCUGGUGAAGCUGCCGACGGACCCGUCAGGAGACGAACCUCUGUUCCACAUCUCCCACAUCGACAGGGUCUACACGCUCCGAGCCGAGAGCAUCAACGAGCGGACGGCGUGGGUUCAGAAAAUCAAGGCAGCGUCGGAACUCUUCAUCGAGACGGAGAAGAAGAAGAGAGAGAAGGCGUAUCUAGUUCGCUCUCAGAGAGCUACAGGGAUCGGUCGGCUGAUGGUCAACAUCGUGGAGGGAAUCGAGCUCAAACCCUGUCGCUCUCACGGUAAAAGUAAUCCAUACUGUGAGGUGACCAUGGGCUCCCAGUGCCAUAUCACCAAAACAUUACAGGACACGUUGAAUCCGAAGUGGAACUCCAACUGUCAGUUUUUUAUAAAGGACCUGGAGCAGGACGUCCUCUGCGUCACCGUGUUUGAACGAGACCAGUUCUCCCCCGACGACUUCCUGGGCAGGACCGAGAUCCGGUUGGCUGAAAUAAAGAAGGAUCAGGGCUCUAAAGGACCAAUCACCAAGCGGUUGCUCCUGCACGAGGUUCCCACAGGAGAGAUCGUCGUCAGGCUGGACCUCCAGCUGUUUGAAGAACCUUGAACCCAGAACAGAACCAGCAUGGACUCGUCUCCAGGGACUUGGACUGGAUUAGACUGGACUGGUCUGGAUUGUCUUUGUCUGGUUCACCUUCUUAGUGCUCAGAUGCUGUUAGGAGGAAGCUGAGGAAACAUUUCAAUAACUGCCAUUUACCAGUUAAAUAUUAGAUUCCUAUUUUCUGAAAAGUCCUAAAAAUCUUUCGACUCAGUUUUAAAAAAGAUUUAAAACUUCAAGUGAGGCAGACACAACAGUGGAUUAUGAUGCAGGCGUCUUUUUGAUCCUGCUAAUAAAUGAUGUCAUUAUUUAUGUUUAUUACAGCUGGAAACUGUAGCUCAGAAAGUGGACAGUGAUUUGUUUUUAAUUAUGAAUAUUAUGUAAAGUUAUAUUUGGGUCUUUAUUGACAGGGAAGUAAACAUGAGCCAGGUCGGAAUCGAACCCACACCCUCUGCAGGAGGACUCAAUUCUCUGUAAUGAUUUUUAUUGGGUAAUCUACCCCAUUAAAUGAAAUUUAACUGGUAAAUGCUGCAGAAACAUCAUUAAAAUUAUAAUAUAACAUCAUAAUAUCACGAAAAGCAAGAAACACAAUUUAAACUGGAUGUAAGAAAUUAAUAUUGUACCUAAACUCGUGUGUGUGCAGGUUCCGAAUCUCUUAAAAUGUACAUUCCAGGCCACAAAAGUCUUACAUACUAUAAAUGUUCAUGUCUUAAGUUUUUGUUACUGGUCUUAAAAAUGAGAGGAGAGUUCCAGUAAGCAGAUUCAUACUGGGAUUUUAAAGUAAAGACAAACUUCCAGAAGCAGCAAGAAGGAUGUUGCACUUCCAAGAACUUCAUAUCCAACACCUGUGGCUAGUCCAGUUCAGUUUAGUCCAGUCAUUCCAGUCCAGUCCAGCCCUGUCGGCCUUCAGUCUGGUUCACGACAGUAUUUCAUCCAGUCGUCUGUCGGAGAUCGGCCGGGUUCCUUUGUGUCAUCAGACAGACUCUCCACUGACAAUCCCAGCCCUCCUGCUUUGUCCCUACAAACCCUGAAACCCCUGUGUGUGUCUGUGUGUGGGCGUGUGUGUACAUGAGUGUGUGCAUGUGUGUGUGAAUGCCUGUAAGAGCGUUAAGGUGGACGAGCUAAUUAACGGUACGGUCCAGUGUACAUUUUAUUUUUUAUCGUACAACUCUCUCGGAGUCUUAGGGUCGAGUCUCAGCGUCGGGUUCUGCAUGUUAAAGGGACCGAGACAUUUUGAAUUUAUGUACAGAUGCAAUGAGAAAAGCAAACAAUGCGAAUAAGCUAAAACUACAGUAAUACACAAUACAUGACGAGUGUCCGCUGUACAUAAACUACAGACAUGCCAAAAUGUCCCUUUGUAUGAAUAAUAAUAAUAAUAAUAGCGCUGGUGACGAGGUGGCUGAUGCAGGGAAACAGGUUUGACAGCUAAUUUAAAUUGAGGUACUGUAAAGAAGAAUGUCUUUGUUUUUAUUUGAUGUUGAACGCACACAGGGGUUCUAGCUCUAGGUGAUUCUUCUGUCACGUGUUUUACCUCUGGUGUCACGUCGCUAUGCAGGGAGGGAAAUAACCCGACAGUAUCCGAGGGGGCCCAGAGCCGGAUCCAUCGGGGGCCCCCGAACAUGCUAGGCUAUAGGUACCGCAGUCGUGUAUUUUGUAGAAAUGUCAUUUCCACACGCUAACCAUGAGAAAGCUAAGUGUAGAAAUCAUUUUACUGUGCGUUGGCACUCCCAGCACUUUCAAAACAGACGCUGUCGCAAACACUAGAGCAGAGGACUCGACUAACAUCGCACAGCGGCCGUUUUGAAUACUCAAAGCAGGAAACGUAAGCUGGAGGAUUAGUAAACAAAAUAGGAAGUGAUGUUCUCGUUGUCAGUAAAAGACCCAAAAUCUCUCAGUAGCCUCUACUGGGUUUAAAAAUGGACGACAUGGCAUCAGUCCAAAAGUGAAGCCAAAUCAUCUCGAUAGCCCCCUAGUGACAAUUUGAAUUAGUUAAAAAAGUGUAAUCUUAAUAAAUGUUUACUUGUUUAAAUUUUAAUCCAGCUUCGUGCUCCUGGUGCCUUCAUAUCUGGUUGUGCUAGCUUGUUCGCUGACUUUAAAACGGACAGCAAAUGUAAGACUUCACUUUUAUAUUCAUAUCAUUUUACUUGAUUUCUUUCAAGUAUACAAACUCAGGAGUCACUCUGAAGGCAGCGCUAAUCCUCCACGCAGACCUUUUCCCACCUGAGCGUUCAAAAUGGCCGCUGCGUUCGCCAGUCAGACGACAGAUAAAAUCCCAGUGUGUUCGCUCAGCAGAGUUGUAUAUAUAUACGUUAGUUAGCUAGCUACUCGGCCAGUUAGUAAAUUUAGCUAGAAGUUUUUAAUUUAACGCCACGGUUACAGUCACGCACUGCGUUACCACGGAGACAACCUAUAGUUACCUUAGUGACCAGUCACUGUCCAAUCAGAGGUCAGCGAGGCCAGGCCGUUCGCAGCAUCUCGACAGUUGAGGAAGGUGUGAAUGUGUUUCCCCAGAUUGAAGAUGACGAUGAUGAUGAUGAUGAUGAAGGUCGUCCUCGUCCCUGUCGACCCUCUACUGUUCUUACUGUUCCAACCGACCUCCUCUCCUCCCUGAAACUAAUCCAGUUUGAACCUGUUCUCACUGUCUAUCUUCCAGGUUGUGUAUAAUACUACUGCUAAUCUGAGAGUUAAUAUAUGAGCGUGGGGAGGGGGCGAUUGAGACUGCUGUUAAUUAUCACUGUAGAAGAUGAUGUACGUUGUUGUCUUUCAAUGUUCAGAAUAAACUCCAGUUGGACCAAGA